CCGAAGACCCCAGAGUAUCCUCAACCCCAAAAACCUGUACCUGAAAUAUCGUAAAUUCAAAAUUUCGCAACGAUUUCUCCCCGAAACGUGAGCAGUGGCUUGUAAACAGCCCUAACCCUGUCAAAAACAGAGCAUCGGCACAAACUAAAAAAUCAAAUCCAGAACCUCAAAAGGGGUUUACCAAAUUAUUGAUGACAGAACUCAGCGGAUCAUCAGGAUCAGCCCACCACAUGGAGUUGUGGAUAUACCACCCCGACCUCGAAUCAGAAAAAAAUUCACAAAUCCGAAACAAUGAAGGCCCUGAGUGAUGUGAAAAGAUCAAAAGACUUGAAGCGAAAGCGCGAUGACAGUACCCAGGACGUAAGACUCGAUAAACAAAUAAAAGUUACAGAUUUUGAUACAAAUUCUAGUAUUAAUUUAGACAAUAAUGUGGACGAGAGUGCGGGAUUUUUCGACGAAUACUGUCAGAUCCUCCUGAAGGACAGCAAUCAGAGCCAGGGUAACGUGAUUGAUGAUGAUUUACUGGGUGAUAAAGGUAGAGAAAUAUUCUCGGGGAUGAGUGAUCAGAUGAGGGCACCCCUAGCUGUCAGACUCAAAGGAUGGGCUGUGAGAAAUGGUGAGGCCCUGAAGAACGAGGUUAUCGAUGAUUUGUUGACUAUUUUAAGAGACGAGGGAUACCUGGAUCUCCCUGGAACAGCUGUUGCCCUCUUGGGUGGUGAGGGAUCAUCGAGCGCGCCAAAAGCUCAGGAUGAUCCGAUCACUGAAGGUGAACUCGAGAGGGUUGAUAUCUGGAUCAAGAAGGAAGAGUCCAGUGAGUCCAUGUGGGCUAAUGACGAUAAUAAUAGCUCAGAACCCCUGUCUCAUGAUGAAAUUGAGAGCAGUAUCAGGAGUGAUGUGAUCUGUCCGGAUUUUGCUGUCACUGAUUUUAUCAGUGAUGAUCCGAAGGGAAAGACUGGUGAGAAGAGUGAGGAGAAUGGGGGAAAAUUCUCAUCUGCUUUUAAAGAGGAACUCCAGAAGAUGGAGCAGAGGUGGGCUAGACAGCUUGAGAGCACCAAGAGAAGUCUUCUUUAUGAUAUGGUCAGGAAGUAUGAGGAUCUCAAGAACAGGAUUGGAGUGUCUACUAGACCUCUUGGUACUAGCUUCACUGAUGAUAAGGAAAUUCUAGGGGUUAAACUGCCUUUUUUGAAUGUCGAUACCUUCAGGGAAUUCGAUGACAGCAUUGGGGAUAAUCCGGAGAAGGAAAUCGCGAUGAAAUCACUGAUGACUACUCUCUGUUUUGGUGCUGCAUCACUCAGUAACAGUAUUGGCUGCAUUUUAUCAGCAUUUUUGACGAAAGACGUGCAGAUGCAGUACAGUGCGUGUGGAAAAAAAAUUAGAGGAGUGAAAAAACGAAAUUUCGGUGAUACCAACACCUUCAGAUAUGCCAAAGAUGUUUUGAGAGAAAAACAUGGCACGAGUGACGCAGAAAUCGUCUCGAAAACCAGUCGAUGGUUCACAGGAGCUGGUGAUCGUGAUGGUGGCAGAAAAGAAAGAAGAAAAGAAAAUCCCAAUCACUCUCACCUCAGUGACACGAAACCCGAAAUUUCACAAACAAUUUUGUAGAAAAAAAAAACGGAAAAAAAAAAUGACAAAACAAUAAAAAAAAGAAAUUGGAGCUUGUACAGA